AUGGAGAAUCUGACGUCGCAAAAAAGCCAACAAUAUUUGACAGAAGAGCUCGUCGAGAAUCAAAAAGAGCGCGAAAUUCAAAAGAAGCUGUGCGAAAGUUAUGUAGCUGUGCAUGAGCCAACUCUUCUGGAACUAGAAGAUUCUAGAAAAAUACAAAAAGAGCAAGAGGAGAAAAUCAAUAUCUUGACAGAAGAGAAUAAAAAAUUCAUUGAAAUUCGUCAAAAAUUGAAUGAAGAAAACGAGAAACUUUGCGAAGAAUUGGGAGAAAUGAAGCGAAAAUUGGAGGAUUUUGAAGAAAAGAAAACAUUCCAAAUUUUCAUUAAAAUCAGACAUUAUAUCACUUUGGAUAUGAAGAAGUCCGAUACAAUUGCAGAUGUGAAAAAGAAAUUGUUCAAAAGAGGAGUCUUCUGUAAUAAUUGUCUUCUCGUCUAUGGAGGAAAGCCGUUGAAUGACACUCGCACACUAUUCUAUUACAAUAUUCAAAAGGAGUCUACACUAGUGCUGACUGCAGGUGUCUGGCCGAUGGUUCAGUGUACGCCGGUUGUGCUGCCACAGGAGUUGGCAAUGGCUUAUGAUGUACAGGACAUGUCGGAUAAGUUCAUGGUCAACGACAACUUCCAAUCGAAGCUGACACAUGUCAAAGUGCAGUUGGUGUCUAGAAACGUGGAAUCGGAGCCGGAAAUUAAGGAGACACGUCAGAAGGUAGAUGAUCAUCCUUCUUCAGAUGACAGAAAGCUGGAGGUCGAGGCGGCAAUCGUUAGAAUUAUGAAGGCCAGAAAGCGAUUGAAUCAUAAUAAUCUGGUCACAGAGGUCACCCAACAACUCCGACACCGUUUCAUGCCCUUCCAAACGAUUAUCAAGCAGAGAAUCGAGAUUUUGAUCGAAAGAGAGUUUUUGCAACGAGACGAACAUGAUCGCCGCUCCUAUUCUUACAUAGCUUAA